CGAGGGUUGUCCAUCCAGAUAUGUCUGGCUGCCCCAUUGUGGGCCUAGCUGAACCCAUAAUGGGCUUGCGAAAAGAGGCCCACUUAGUGCCCAAAGAGCAGAAAAAAAAUUAAGUAAGCGGAUCAAUGGCUUAAUCCGUUUAGUACGAAACGAACUACACCAUUGGCCGACUUACUGGUUGGUUCUGCUCUUAACAUUUGACCUGCCUGCACGCGUAGCGAAUUACGGCACAAAUUGAAAGAAAUAAGAGUUUAUUAACCACGAUGUUCUUUUGUAGCCGUCGGAGCAGAUGAAAUUACUGAGGAGAGCCAUCGAAAAAUUCACCCACUUAAUGGCCGAGUGUACAAAUAAUAGAGGGUGUGACAGACACUUCCUGGGACUUUUUAUGAUCUGCAUGGAAAACGGAGAUCCCAUUCCGGAAAUAUUCUUGGAUCCUUCCUGGGAAAAGAGCGGAGGAAGCGGAAAGUUCAUCCUGUCCACCAGCUGUACGGGUUACACAUCGGUAACGGGCGGAGUCAUGCCCAUGGUAGAGAACGGUUACGGUUGUUUCUACAACGUAGAGAAUAACAGGAUCGGUUUCUGCAUCACCGCUUUCCGCAAGAAUCCUGGAACCGUGCCCGAGAGGUUGUUCGAGAGCCUGUGUCACGCCUUGUCCGACAUGCAGUAUAUCGUCACCACCUCCAACCUGUGAAUCCCGGACGGGACUCGGUGGCUCCCGCUCUUCCGGACCAGAAACCCAAUGGAUUUUUAAUUAAUAGCGUCCGGGUCAGACGGGCCGGAUGCUAUUAUUUUUAAGAGACGACGCAACCAGUUUAGUUUUGAAACUGCCUUAAAAAUCGCCUAGGGGCGUUUAGAGGAGGCAAUAUGGCUGUCGGACGGUACUCCUGUUUGCAUCGACCUGGACGGAAAUUGUUACUUACCGUCGAAUUUCUUUAUUUUCGUAAUUCCCGUCGCCCGUUACGGCGGCGGAUGGUCUGGAAUAAUUCAGGAAACGUCCCGGAAUUACUGGCCACCCCAACUGCCUCCCCGCCGCACCGGUUCGCGGAAUCAUCGCGUCUGUCGAUUUUUCGGAAUAUUUUUCAAAUUCCGUUAAGAAUUUUCCGUCCUUUCGGAUUUUUACCGGCCACUCUCGUCUCCCCCGCCAAACUAGAGAAUUCUUUACAUUAAAGAAUUCCCCCGUUAAAUUCGCCACGCCAACGACCGGAUGGGAACUGCCACCUUCGAUCCCCCCAUUAAAUUUUGACGGACCCGAGAAAAUGCAACGCGCGAGAAACCAUUUUGUUAUCGUUGUUAAGUUUUUGUAUUGUUUUAAGAUUUUUUCAAACGGUAAAGUAAAUAAAUUAGUACUUAAAAACACUGGUGCUUGUGUUGGAU